UAUAAUGGCACAAUCCCCAAAGAUAGGAGGCGCAGAGGCUAGAAAAGGAUUCAACUUCUUCGGAUUCAUGUCACCUUCGCAAGCCAAUAUGGCCAAAAGAAGAAUGUCCAGAAGAAUAGCCCCAGUUGAUUUGAGCAGAUUUGGACUUUUAAGUCCUCAAAAGCAACCAUGAAAGAGCAAGAAAGCUCUCAGAAAUUCUAAUUCAGUGGUGAUAAAAUAAAGAGAAGGAAGCUGAAAGAUCUAAAGGCUGAAAGUUCAACAGUUACAAGAGAAUGAACAACAGAAAAGGAAGAAAACUGUUAAAAGCUAUUCAGCCUGCUAAUUUAGGAAUAAAAAAUGCAGUCCCAGAUAAAAAGAUUCAGGAGAAAAUUAACUAUUAUUUUGCAUCUCAUCAUAAAUAAAUGUCAUCUGUCCAACGAAGAGGAUAUAGCUACUGAAGAAAUGCAACUUGAUAUCUUGAUGAAUCCUAUUGAGAAAGCUACUAAAUAAAUGGGUUGGUAUUGCUAACCUUGUCCUCAAAAAUGACAAAUAAAGAUCUGAGAAAAUGCCUCAAAAUGAUGCGGUAUGGUCUCUUUCAGAACUAUAAAAAAAUCAAAGGUAUUCAGAAUCAAAAUGAGUACAUAAGGAAUGAUAAAAUCGAGGAAACAAAAAAGAUGAUGAAAAACAGUCAGUUGAUAGAUAAUAGCAAAGAUUCUAAACGUUCAUCCCAAGUUGGUUAUAUCGGCCCAGUGAUGCCAAAGAAGGAGAUAGAGGAAGAGAGUUCAGAUGAAGAUAUUUCUCAAAGUGUUCAGUCAUUUCUCUCAAAGAUAAACAGGACAAAGAAGAAAGAAGUAAAUUUUGAUACCGCCCCCUUAAGUCCCCAGAAUAAGAAACCAACAAAAUUAUCCCAGAGUAGACCAAAGAAGAAGGGACAUAAAAAUACCCAUGUCGGCUUGCCAAAUAGUAACAUUAAGAAUCUGAGAGCGAAAAGGAACUCUUCAAACAUAUUUAAUUUGCAACAAAUGGCAUUGAACUCGAGAAACUCCCAGAUUGUGCUAGGAUUGCCAGGAAUAAAAUCCUGAGACUCAAAUAUACUAGAUUUUGACAAUUUAAAACCAGAUCUAAACAAUAGCUUAACAGAGUCUAAUAAAGAGAAGAAACAAGCUUCAACUAGGCUUGAUAAUAUCUUAGUUACAUCUUUCAGCCAAAAGCAUGACUUAAGCCAAAUCAGAAGGGAAUCUUCUUUUAAAAUAAUCAAAUCCCAAGAUGCUUCUCCAAAAUCAGAGCUAAGAGGAAACUUUGGCUCACGAAUUCAAAGGGUAAGAAAAACUAAAUUACAAAUUAAAAUACCAAAAGUGAUCAAAGAGAACGAAGAAGAGGCUGUCAACAGCUCCAGAAAGCUCAUAAAGCAGAGAGGUCCUUCUCUAAGCCAAAUGCCGAGGCUUUCAUGAUCUGUCAGCCAAUUGACAAAUAUUUAUUUAAGUAAAGAUUUUAAACCCUAAA